UCCGGCGUACCAUACGAUGCCCUCCAACAUCUACAAGGGCGAUGACUCGUUGUGGGCCAAAUCGCAGAUGUCCGCAAACGAGUUCACGACUUUCCGGAAUCUUGUCGAGUAUUCUGCCAAGCAAUACCUAGAUGUCACGAAAUAUUCGUCAUCCCAGGACGAGGAGAUGUUGCAGGUGCACAUCACCGAGGUUACCAGAGAGUGGGCCCACGAGGGGUGGUUUGAAGAUGAUUGGAUUAUUAUAGAGUACACGCGCAUAUGGUUACACUUACAAGUGCACUCGGACAAGAAACAGAACAACGCUCGUGUUCAUCGCAAGGAACACCGUGACCAUCGCAAGCUGACACUGCCUACAGAGCACUGCGAAAAUCAGCCCACCCGGGCCACCGUCACAUCACCGUGGACUAAAGAGCGGCCGGCGGGCUAUCCCAGUAGCACCAGCUGCUCGCGCCGGGCCCUCUACGUCGAACCCCAACUCGCCCGCGACACAGCCCAGUGAGCCCCGCGUCAUGCAGCUGACUCACCGCCGCGCAGGUUCUCCCCUCCGCAAUCGCACGCCUGCACCCCGCCCGCCUUCCGUACUCCCUCCGAGUUCUGCAGCCCGUGACGUGCCCCGUCUCGGUUGCGCGCCGCGCGCCCCCGGCGGGCCCGCCGCGGCACCAGCAC